AUGCUUGGCUUUUUAAGGCGUUCUUUAGAUGUCGUUAAAGAAGGAGGCAUUAAAAUUUUAAAAGCUAACCCUACGCCAUGGAAUAACGAGCAAUUAUUAUUACGUCUGAAUAGUGUAAAGGAUUUAGAAAAUUGGGCUGUGGGAUGCGAUAAAGAUGUUGGUGGAUUCUCUGAUUCGAAAUUAGAAAUUACGGAAGAAGGUUUUGGUAAAUUUCAUGGGAAUAUUUCUCUUGAUGUACCAAAAGAUAAUCCUCGGAUUACAAGAAGUGGUUACGCUGGUAUAAGAUCAAAGGUACAUGGUUCAUCAUUAUUUGGAAUAAGGUGUUGGGACACUUCAUUAUUUCGCUAUCUAUAUAUAAGAGCACGUGGAGACAACAAAAAAUAUUUUGUAAAUAUACAAACUGAUGGUCCUAUAAUUACUGAUUUGUUUCAACAUCGUUUAUUCUUAAGGAACCCAGGUGAAUGGGAAACGGUGUUGAUUCCGUUUAGAGAUUUUAUAUUAACUAAUCAUGGAAUUGUGCAAGAUCCUCAAAUGGAAAUGUACAGGGAAAAGGUUAAGACCGUUGGAUUCUCUAUUUUAAGUCAACCUGGCCCUUUUCGUCUAGACAUUGAUUGUAUCAAAGCGAUAAAUACCGACUCAACUGAUGGCGAUUGGAAUAUUCAACCACCAAUGCAAAAUCAUGAUAAAAAUUUUAUUUAA